AUGGCCCUACCACGGUCUGCAGCCCUCCGGGGCAGUAUUCGUUCCUUUGUCGCCAAGCGAACAGGAACACAGGCUCGAACUACCCUGCGCAACGUUGGCCGCCGGACCUAUGCACAAGAACAUAGCACAAAGAAGAGCAGCGAUCUUCCAUGGCUAGUUGGCUCCCUGGUUGUCACUGUUCCCGCCGCUGGGUGGCUGUGGCAGCAAGGUCCCAGUAAAUCCGAUCACGGUCACGGUCACGCGGAACACAAGGAGGAAGCGGAAGAAACCUCUGGAGAGGAAUCCGUAGAAGAGGAGCAGCCAAAGGACGAACCUGAAGAGUCCAAGGAGGAGGGUAAGGAGGAGGAAGACAAAGAUGACAAUGCGGACAAGAAGUCCGGUGGAACCGUGGAUGAGGAUGCUGACACCAAGGGAUCUCCAGAUGGAAAGGAACGAGCUACCACAGAGAAAGCUGGCGAGAAACAAGCUCAAGGAGAUGUAUCCGGAGCUAGCAAUCCAUUCUUGUAUGAAGGCGAUCGAUCGAAGAAAGCUGAAGGACCUGGUGCUUCCGCCCGCAUUCACGGCACUGUUGAUUCAGCAAGACCUAUUGGCGGCCACAAGGAUCCCGAGAAGUCCCAGCCACAUGCCGAGGAGAAGGACAUGGACAAGGAGAAAUCUGGUGAGAAAUGA